AUGGAGAAAUGGAGGCGGUGCCUGGAAGUUCGCAAGCCGGAUGUACUGCUUGUACUAUGCACAAUACGAUUCUAUCAAGACCUGUUUUCUGCCCUGCUGUAUCUCUGUGAAAUCAUAGUAGGAUGUGUGUUUGCGAAAAAGGUUGCAGAGAUUUUUAGGAACAUUGAUAAAACCGAUGAUAUGCUGCGUGGGUUGAAGAUUUGCAUUUCGUACAAGAGAACACACAUUAUGAUUAUAAUUUAUAUAACAGUUGCUUUUGUGGGAGUUGGAGUAAUCUUGUCACUGUUGAUAACGACAGAAUUAUUUCUGGCCUGCUACUCUAGUCAAUUGCCAAACAUACUUGUGGAAAUAUUGUCUUACUAUUUACCUUGCGUUGCUAAUGCAUUGACGGAAUUGCAGUACUUUCAGUACCUGAACUUUCUUCGUCUAAGAUAUAAGAAGCUAAAUAAAUGCUUAUUAGAGAGUACCGAGUUGACGCCUUGUAAAAUUGACUAUGAGUUAGUAUCUACCAUAAGAUUGGUCCAUCCGAAACCUGCUAAACAAGAAACGGCAAAUGAUCCCUUAUACAUAAUAAACCAAGUUACAAAAAUCCAUAUGAUACUAACGGAUACAGCGAGGUUGACCAACAAGACCUUCUGCUUCCAACAAUUGCUUAAAAUUGCCAUAUCCUUCGUUAGUAUCAUCGCAGGGCUGUUCUUGUUCGCUAUGGUGUUCGCUGUAAAAGAUCCAAGUAAGCUACGGAUCGACAAGCUUUUCUUUUUGUGGACUCUAUCCAACGCACUGGAGAUAUUUGUUGUUGUCUGGAUAUCAGCAGAAACUUGUAAAGAGGCUAAUGAAUGUCCCAUAAUUUUGCACAGGAUCAGGAAUAGUUCAGCAAAUGAAGAUUUGAAAAGUCUAAUUGAUCUUCACUCCUUGCAGAUGUAUCACAGUAAAUUGUCAUUCAGCGUGUGUGGGUUGUUUCCUUUGGACUAUUCUCUGCUAUUUUCGGUGGUGGCUGGCGCAACAACGUACUUAAUUAUUUUGAUUCAGUUUAACGUAGAUAUGGUAAAAAUAUAUGACAAUCAAACUGUACAUUAA